CUUUGUUGUAAGUGUACCGACAUUCUUUAUUUAAAUGCCAAAGAGCUUCAAACCAUAUCCUUUAUAGAACCCAAAGUAUCUUUUCAUGCCCUCUGAAGCAGCUUCAUUGGAUACGGUCAUUGACCGAAAGGUUGACCAAGACGCCAAGGUUUUAAACGUUGAAGACAUUGUCCUCAGCGAAUCGGACUUUAGCGAUGAUAAGCUAGCUGCAUACUACAAACCUCUUGAAGAGUAUGAAGGGUAUCACCGCUUCGAUCCCAAAGCCGUGUGGACUGAAGAAGAAGAAAGAGUACUAGUGAGAAAGAUCGAUUGGAGAAUCAUGGUGUGGUGUUGCAUCAUGUUUGUCGCUCUACAGUUGGACCGUGGCAAUAUAUCCAAUGCUUUGACGGAUGACUUUUUGACCGACCUUGGUCUCACUACCAAUGAUUACAACACGGGUCAAACCAUCUUCUUGGUAUGCUUCCUGCUGAUGGAGCUUCCUUCACAACUUGUUAGCAAGAAACUUGGACCCGACAGGUGGAUACCUAUCCAGAUGACUUUGUGGAGUAUAGUGGCCAUGUCCCAAUCCCGUAUCAAUUCAAGAUCUUCAUUCUAUGCUACUCGUGGACUGCUGGGCGGACUUGAAGGAGGAUUCAUCCCGGACAUUGUACUGUAUCUGUCCUAUUUUUAUAAAGGAGAUGAAUUACCUAUUCGACUCAGCUACUUUUGGGUAUCUCUCACAAGCACCACGGUGAUAGGGUCAUUCUUGGCCUACGGUCUAUUGCAUCUACGUGGUGUCAAUGGAUGGUCAGGUUGGAGGUACCUGUUCUUGAUCGAAGGGUCGUUGACACUGAUUGUCGGCGUGGUUUCUUUCUUUUAUCUUCCACCAUCGCCAACUCAAACCAAAGGUUUUCUAAGGGGCCAGGGAUGGUUCAAUGAGCGAGAAGAGAUUAUAAUGGUUAACCGUGUACUUCGAGACGAUCCUUCCAAAGGAGACAUGAAUAACCGAACUGCUGUUGGCCCCCGAGACCUUUGGCGAUCACUGUGUGACUAUGACAAUUGGGGACUUUAUCUCCUUGGCUUGGUGGCGUAUAUCCCUAUGGCUCCACCUGCUGGUUACUUGACGCUGACCUUGAAGAACCUUGGGUUUGGAACGUUCAACUCAAACCUGCUGACCAUUCCUGGAAGUGUGUUGUUUAUGAUAAAUAACUUGCUAUUAGCAUACUUUAGCAAAUGGGUAAAGGAAAGGGCACUUACGUCCAUGGCAGGAGUAAUUUGGGCUCUUCCACUUUUGAUCGCUUUGGAAACCAUUUCGAACGAUACGAACCCUUGGAUCCGAUAUGCUGUGCUUAUUCUGCUAGUGGGUUACCCUUACUGUCAUCCAAUCUUGGUGGGGUGGAACUCGAUCAACUCCAAUACUGUGAGGACAAGGACAGUUAGUGCUGCUGUAUAUAACAUCAUGGUUCAAAUUGGUGGUAUCGUUUCGUCCAAUAUUUACCGGGCGGACGAUGCACCGUUCUACAAGCGUGGCAACAAGGUUUUGAUAGGCAUUUGCGUGUUCGAUAUCUUUUUGUUUCUUGGCGUAAAGUUGUAUUAUAUUCAGCGUAACAAGUAUAAGGCAAAGAUUUGGGGAUCCUAUACUGCAGAAGAAAAGGAGCACUACUUGGCGACCACACCGGACAAAGGAAACAAGAGACUUGACUUCCAAUUUCAUCACUGAAAUGAUAAGCCCUGAGCUGCGAUAAAUUCUUUGAUGCAUUUCAGUACUGUAUACUGUAUCUGCAUCAACCUGGUACACCUUUUUCAUUUACCUGACGCAUCUUAUUUUACCUGACACAUCUUAUUUAAAAACGAC